AAGCAACCCACAUUUGGACGAAAUCGCGUCAGUAGCUCUUUAACCAUUUCCUAUAUCAUGUCGUUUUCGCAAAAAAUGUCUGUAGCCACUUUUACGUGUUGGUUCUAUUUAGUGGUGUUGUUUGUUACUUUUACAAAAGAUGUAUCUGUACAAGCGCGCUCGCUUAGGAUUGUCUUACCACCUAAUUUCGAUAAAUUGGAUAACACUCAAACUUAUCGGAUCAAGGUCAAACUGAAUUCUAAAAAAACAACCACAACUAAAGCACCAUUGGAGUUUAUGCCAAGAGGGCAGGAAGUGCGUUUAGAAACGGUCUCUGAAAGUUGUGGAUAUUCGGUGAUUAAACUAAUUCAAGGUGGUGAAAAUGCUCUACCUGGAGAGUUUCCUUGGUUGGGUGCUCUAUUCCGUAUCAAUGUUACACCUAAGGAGUAUGUCUGCACAGUGAAUCUUAUCUCGAGAAAACAUUUAUUAACUGCCGCACAUUGUUUUUCGCUAACUGAAAAACCGGAAAAUUAUCACGUUGUAUUGGGUCAUCUUAUGAGUGAACCACAUCAAUCAUUAGGGAUAUCUAAUAUAGUCAAACACCCUCAAUAUAAUCAUAGGCCAGAGCACGAUAUUGCCAUUCUAUCUUUGAACACGGAUGUGCAGUUCUCCACUAGUUUGAGACCAAUCUGUUUGCAACUUCCGAAUUCAGCAAGAAAUAACAGCAUAGGAAUUGUUUCUGGUUUCGGCCCUAAUUACACAACCUACCGGAAAAUAAGAAUGCCACUUGUACCAAAAAUGGUUUGCCAUGACACGCACGCUGUUUUUCGUGAACUUAUUACCGACAACAGCUUCUGUGCUGGUAGCAGGGACAAUAUGGGUCCGUGCUCAGGAGACAGUGGCGCGGGAUUCAUGCAGGAAGUUGAUGGACGCUUGUACCUGCGCGGAGUGGUUUCCUCUUCACUACCUAAUAAUGGUUCCUGCGACUUGCGUAGUUAUAUAAUUUUUGCGGAUCUUAUUAAUGACUUGACCUGGUUGAAAAAUCUGCUUCAAAAGUAUCUCUAAUUAGUUGGUUUCAGUUUAUGAUGUUGUGUUCAGUUACUUUUAUUAUAUAUGUAUAUAUGUCAUGCCAUUUCUUGAAAUGUGUGUGCGUAUUUUUUUAUUUACAAUGAUUUUUCUGUAUCUUUGCAUCUCACACUAAGAAAAUAAAUACUUUCUUUACUUGGG